AUGACAAUACCUAAAAUAGUUAGCAUCAUUAUAUUAAUUAUUCCUACUGUACUUUCGAAUGGAAUAAAAUAUUGUGAAGCAACAGGAUCAGAGUCAGAUCAAUUUUGGUAUAUCAAUUAUUUAAAUACUUUUGAAAUAAUUUUAGGGAUUGUUAUAUUAGUAUUUACUAUAAUAUCAGUUCUUCCACAAGCUAUCAAAAUUAUUAGAAGAAAAAAUGGAGAAGGAUUAUCUCCAACUUAUCUUUUACUUAUGACUUGUAAUCAAGUUUUUGCAGGAGUAAAUUCUACUAUUCUUAAUUAUCCUACAAUGGCAAGCUGUCCUUAUAUUGGUGCUAGAAAAUGUUUGCCACCUUUAUUAUCAUAUUUUCAAAUGAUGUCAUUAGUAGUUUUAGAAUUUAUUAUCUUUGCUCUUUAUUUAAUAUUCUUUAAAACAAAAAAAGAUAAAAUUUAUAUCAGAGCAAUAAUAUUCUUUUUAUUAUCUGUAACAUUUUUAAUUAUAUCUAUAUUAUUUGUUUUUAUUAGUAUAUAUUGGAUAGGUGAAUGCAAUCCAUUUACUGAUUGGUUUGCUUAUGUAUUUGGAAUUUGUUCUUCUAUUGUAACUUUUGUUGAAUAUUUACCGCAGAUAUGGAGAACUUUUAGAACAAAAAAUUGUGGUUCAUUAUCAUUAACUGCCAAUUCAAUUCAAACACUUGGAUGUUUUGUUAUUGUGUGUUAUAUGUUUUUUUCAACACAACAACAUAUAACAACAUUAGCAACAUAUAUUGUUUCAUUUAUUCAACAUACUGUUUUAGUUGUUUUACAAAUAAAAUAUGAUUAUAUUGAUAAAUAUUGUUGUAAGAAGAAAGGUUCUGGUUAUAAUGAUUUUAAUGUAGAAGAAAUGAAAGAAAACAAAGAGACAGGUUCAACACGCAAAAAUGAAUUAUACCAUCAAUUAAUUAGUCAAAAUAAAGAAAAAGAAAUUGUAAUUGAACCAGUAAAAGAAGGUAUUAAUGAAAUUUGUAAUGAAAUAGAAAUAGAGGAUGAACAAAUUAAAAACAGAAAUAGCGAUGAAACAGAAAAUGAAUUGGAACAAGCUGUAAUGGUUGAUAGUUAA